UACAACUCAUGGAAUCACUCUUCUUUCAUCAACAACUUUCACAAAGCAAUUCUCCAUUUUGCAAACAAAAAACAAAGCUAAGAGUUUUCCAGUUAGGACGAAAAAAAAAGAGAAAAUAUGAGUUCAAGGAGCAAAGCGUGGUUAGUGGCAGCAACCAUCGGAGCCGUGGAAGCCUCGAAAGACCAAUUGGGACUAUGCAGGUGGAAUUACAUGAUCCGAUCUGUGAAUCAACGUAUCCGAAACAACGUGAGAUCCGCUGCUCAGGCGAGCAGGUUCUCUUCUUCGUCCACCACCGCCCUUGCCGCCGGUAAGGAUGGUGACAAGGCAAAGCAAGCUGAGGAGUCUCUCAGGACAGUCAUGUACUUGAGCUGUUGGGGUCCUAAUUGAUGAAGACAGAUCGAAGGUUUUUUUUAUGCCGUCGAUUGGAUCCGACAGGUUGUAUCUAUGUCGGUGAAAUCGAAAGCCUGAGAACCUUAAAUAGACGCUAUGAGUCUUGGGGGUUUGAUGGAUUGUUUUUGGGAUGCAAUUAAUGACGGAUUCGAAUUGUACAGAAUGUAGAGAUGAAUAUGAAGGUUUUAGUUCAUGUUACUGGAAA